AUGCCUGAACCAUCUAGACAUAUACUAUCCCCAUUCAUUCCUGAACCAUCUAGACCUAUAUCUUCUCCAAAUAUGCAGGAAUCAAUUAGGAGACCCUCAUUAUCACCUACAUCAGAGAACUCACAACCCUCCACUCCACAGGGUCCUCUAGCUAGUUCUACACCAUGGGGCCGUGAUCCAACAAAUGGUAGAACAUGGAUAUACCCUGAGAAGAAAACGUUUAACCCGGCCAUUGGUACUGUAUGGACUAUUCUCCCUAUAAUUCAAGCAAAAUUUGAGCAUCCAUGUUCUAGCUGGAAAGCGACACCCUCUCAGAUUAAGCAAAUGUGGUUUGCUGAAUGGGUGAAAAAAUACAAAUGGCUGCCACAAGAUGAAGCUGCUAUUAAGAAAAAUUGGAAUUCAAAGUGUGCAAACAUCUUGAGAAGCAUAAUGCAUAACGUGAGGCAGGACUUGUUUCAGAAAAAUGUUAGGCCUAAUUGGAUUCCAGAUAAUGUGAUGGAUGAUUUAGAGAAACUAUGGACAUCACAAGACUAUAAGGCCAAGUGUGACAUAGCUAAAACCAAUCGGGCAUCUUCCACAAGAGGUACUCAACACAAAGGGGGUAGCAUCCCUAUCAGUGAGCAUAAGAGGAGAUUGGCUUCGGAGCUGGGGAGAAAACCUACAAUGUUUGAAUUGUUUAAGAAGACACAUUUUAAUGAGAAAACCAGCCAAUUUGUGGAUCAUAGGUCGGCUAAAGUUUAUGAUUAUUACAUGAGGCUUACGGCAUCCAGAAGUUCCAACAUGGAUUCUCCAAGUGUAGCAUCAAAUGAUUUAGAUGAUGAAGAAGAAAUUAACCUAUGGUUAGAGGCCAUAGGUGGUAAGAACAAGAAGGGUCGCAUAUAUGGGUUAAGAUCUGAGGCUUUGGAUAUUGAUUCUACCUCUCAUUCAUAUAAGUCCUCUUCAUCCAUCAACAACUCAGGGCUUCAUCCUGAUUUUGAAGGGAAUUGCAUAAGAGAAUAG